AUGAAGAGUCACCGAAACGAUCCGAACCCUUUUGACGAAGAAGAACAAGAAGUCAAUCCAUUUUCGAAUGGCAGUGCUGCUCCUGGAUCGAAGUCACGAUUUCCUAAAAUGGUUGCUGAUACAUUGGGUUUUGGUCAGAAACACGAUGCUACUGUGGAUAUACCAUUGGAUACUAUGAAUGAUCCUAAGAAAAAGGAGAAAGAACUUGCAGCUUGGGAAGCAGACCUGAAAAGGAGGGAACGGGAGAUUAAACGUAGAGAAGAUGCUGUUGCCACCGCUGGCGUCCCUUCAGAUGACAAAAACUGGCCUCCCUUUUUUCCAAUUAUUCAUCAUGAUAUAGCAAAUGAAAUACCACCCAAUGCUCAGAGGUUGCAGUAUUUGGCUUUUGCAAGCUGGUUAGGUAUUGUUCUUUGCCUUGUGUUUAACAUUGUCGCGGUGAUAGUUUGUUGGAUAAAGGGUGGUGGUGUCAAAAUAUUUUUCCUGGCAACAAUAUAUGCACUACUUGGAUGCCCACUUUCAUAUUUUCUGUGGUACAGGCCUCUCUAUCGUGCAAUGAGGACAGAUAGUGCCUUGAAAUUUGGUUGGUUUUUCCUGUUCUACUUGAUCCACAUUGUUUUUUGCAUAUUUGCUGCUAUAGCUCCUCCAAUUGUCUUUCAUGGAAAAUCAUUGACGGGCAUCCUCGCAACGGUUGAUGUUUUUUCUGACAAUGUAUUGGUGGGGUGUUCCUGCCAGUUUUCUCAGAAUAAUUUCUUUGGCGACUUCUUGUUGAUUUCCCAGAAGCUGUUAUUUGUGAAGUUGUAUGCUACUUGGGCAGGCUUAGUAUUUUGA